CGUUUCAUUUCAUUCAUUCUUUUUGAAAAAAGUUCGAAUGCAUGUCUAAAAAAUGGCGAUUGAUAAAUUUUUGUUCGUUGUUUGAAAGUUAAUAAAUUCCUCAAGCCAUUUAAUUUUAACCUUCGAUAUUUUCUGUGUAUAAAUAAGCCCAUAUUAUGGCGGAUGCUAUGGUGGACCGCAGACCCGCGGCACGGUUUUUCUGCCACAGGUGUAACAUUGAAUUUGAGGAUAUUUUGCAGGACUAUGUAUGUCCGUACUGUGCCAGCGGAUUCAUUGAGCAACUGGAAGGUGAUGCGGAUGGAUCCCUCCUCGCGGACGAUGUUAGCGAUGCAGACAUGAGCAACCUCGAUGACUCUGAUGAAAUGCACCAGCACUCCGGUCACCCUAUGCUGAAUGACCUGGCGUUCCUGAUGUCCGGCGGAGGCCGCCUCCGGGGCACAGCGCGACCGGAGAGCUUGCUCGAGCAGCUAGUGUGGACAAUAGGCGGCGGCGCGCCGGGCGGCUCGCUGGGCGGCGCGGGGGCUCCCUUCGUGCUGGUGGGAGCACCAGGGGACUAUGUGUUCGGGGGCGAAGGUAGUCUAGACGCAGUGGUCACCCAGCUACUAGGGCAACUAGAGAAUGCUGGGCCUCCUCCGCUGUCGCGCGAGCACAUCGCGGCCAUCCCCACGCAACAGGUCACGGGGGAUGAAGUGGGCGCUGACUCGUCGUGCUCGAUAUGCUGGGAUAACUUCCAACAAGGCGAGAAGAUCUCCAAGCUGGACUGCGAGCACAUAUUCCACACGAGCUGCAUCGAGCCGUGGCUCCAACUCCACGCCACGUGUCCCAUCUGCAGGCGCAGCUUGCUGCCGGAGGAGCCCCCCGCGCCCGCGCCCGCGCCCGCCCCCGCUGAAGCGACUAAUGGGACUGGCAACACGCAACCACCGGCGGCUAGUGGCUCGUCGUCCGCGGCGUCGCUGGGGCUGAGCCCGCUGCUGCGGCGCGUGGACCAGCUGUCCGCGGUCAUGCAGAGGCUCGCCGACGCCGUGGACACCACCGCUGGCGACAGGUCAGUGCCCCGCGUGCUCCUCAGACGGCUGCCGGCGUCCGCGCGCCGCCUCGUGUCCGGCCUGCAACAAACCUGGGACUCCCCGGCCGACUCCAGCUCCUCAUCCUCAUCCAUCAUGUCCACAGGAUCCUCAGUCACCGCCGCCGGUGUCUGGGCUCCGCGUACCACUAACUCCUCAUCCUCAACCAAUGGAAACUCUUCGUCCAGCGAACACGACCGCACGCAGUCCUACAAUAUGGACAUAGACUUUGACUAAUGUUUAAUGCAACCUCCUUCUGUCGUCUGCUAGCCUGGUACUUCUCGGCGCGUGAUUGAGCGGUGAACGGAUGAGUUUUUAGAAAUAGCUCUUUGUGGGCGAAGCGGUUGGGAUCGCAGGCCAGAUUGGUGUGUAAGAGUGAAGCCUUUUUGGUGCAUUGCGUCGUUGCUGCCAUACAUUCUUUAAUUUAACCGUUUCUUUGGGACGACGCGACGCAAUGGGCCAAUGGGGCCUCACCCUAAGGGCACGUAAUGGCGAGAUGACAACUCUCACCUAUGGAACACUUGUGAGUGGGAGAGAGACGGCUAUGCCUAUGCGACGUCGCGUCGUAUCGCCGUACUGUGUCAAGCCCUAAGAUUGAUAUCCACAGAAGAAAAAUAUAGUUUGGAAGUUCAAUCCUAGGAAAAAAUCUAUGUACAGUUGUGAGUCUCGCGUGAUGUACAAGGAGUGUGUGUUUCUUGUACGCAGUAUCGAAGACAAAAAUAAAAACAAACUAAAUUAAAUAUUACUAUUGUAGUCACCGCUCAAGCCCGCGCCGGGAAGUACAAGCUUGUCUCGUAUUGUGGCUGUGUAUUGUAGGACUAGCGUUUAACUGAGGACGCUCCUUGAGUACAUACGAUACGUAAUCAGAGUGAUUUCCACUUAUAAGUGCACGCUGCCUUUUUAAUAUAGGUAUAUGAGAAAACAUGGGAUAGCUAA